AUGCCUCGAGCCCCAAACCCACGUCCACAAAACGUGCGCAAAGGCAAAGCGCCCCCUUGCAGAAAGCAACCCACACCAUCGCCAUCACCAUCACUGUCCCCAUCGCCCAAGACGUCCGACUUCGAGGCCGAAAUCGAAGAUCCACAACUCUCGCCCGCGACCGCAGAUCAGGAAGCUCUAGCCCGGGCUGGUCUCUACCCAAACCCAACCACGGACAAUCUCGAUUCGCAGAAGUGGUGUACCUGUAAUAUCGACCCCUCCUCGAAAGUCGAUCUCGAGAAUAUGAUAAGGUGUAAUCAUCGCGCUUGCGAUCCUGGCUGGUACCACCUCUCCUGCGUGCAGCUGACAGAGCCGCCACCGAGGCAGUUCUGUUGGUUCUGUCCGCGGUGUGUUAACGAGGGCUUGGUAGCGGAGCAUAGGAAUGGGGUGUUUGAAUUGGGCGAUCCGGGUGCGAUGCCGCUUGUGGAGGAUUGGUGGAGGGAGGAGAAAGAGAGGCGGAGGAGUAGGAAGCUGAAGCGGAAGGGGAGUUUUGAGGGUUGGAGGGGAAGGGUGAAGAGGGCGAAGAGGGUGGAGAGAGAAGAGGGUGCUUGA